AUGAGGUCUACGCUUGCUUGUCAAUGGUGUCGAAACGCCAAAAUCAAAUGCCACCAUGAUGGCUCUCCUCCCUGUCGGUCUUGCCGGUUGAAUCCAGGAAGAGAUUGUGUCUUGAGUAUUCCGAAAUACCGGUCGAAACGGGGUCAAACUUCUCAUAGGGUCAGGAGAGAUCGGUUAUCUAGAACGUCUGGGUCUUUGGAAGAUGAUGAGAAUCAAGGGAUGAGUAUUGGCCAGUCUUCCAACGGUGAUAUUCGAAGGCGAGAUGAAAUCGACGACCCUUUGCCCGGGCUGGAUAAAAAGCUCCUGGAACACGCAUUCUAUCUAUUCGUUCGUCUCUUUCCAGAGUUCGGUUUCUUUCAUCAGCCAACUUUUGUCAAAGGUUUGGAUGAUAAGAGUAUCCCGACUUUACUGCUCUGUGGCAUCUUGUCAUUGAGUGCCCGGUUUAUCCCCGAACUCGUUGCUCGCUAUGGCAGUCCCGCAAAGGCAUGCGAACACUUUGCCACCCAUGCCCGCCAAAAUAUCAUGGGCCAUGUCACAGCAGCCAUGGACAUCCACACCGGCCAGACACUGCUCAUGCUGAGUUUGUAUGACUGGGGAAAUGGCGAUGGCUCGCGUGCGUGGAUAUACAACGGGAUGGCCACGAGGAUUGUGCACGGAGUCUACGCGCAGACAAAAGAAUCUGCGAGAAGCAGUCCGUCCUCACUGAAUAAUUCCCGGGUUGAAGAAGCGUGCAGGACAGUAUGGGCUUGUUUUCUGCUUGACACGAUGAUCGGCUGUGGGAAAUGCCAAGCGUCUCAAUUUUCAAUGAGUACCAGUGGCACUCCCCUCCCCUUGGGCGAAGACCAUUUUGCGUUUGGAGAUGGUGAAUCGUGUCAGCCUGUGUUUCUGGACAUGUGGGAUCUGGAGAAUGAUGACUACCAGGGUCUAUCAACAGACAAGAUGGGAUGUGACCAAAGCCUUACUCUGAUCAUUCGAGGCUUCUACAUCUGGCAAACUAUUUCAGCUUGGGUUUCGACCGGCGGGAGAAGACGAGAGUUUCCUUCAUCAAGAAAGCCUCCAUGGCAUGGCAGCUCAUUUUGGUCUCGCAGCAUGGCGGCGGUAGAGGAUUGGCGUUCAUCGCAGUCCCCUCAGUUGAUAUACUCUACCUCAAACGUGAAUCUCUCAGUAUACAUCUCCCGCGGUGACGGUGAACGAUUCGCUGUGAUCAAUCUCCUCUACUUCCUUAAUCUGAUCUUUCUGCAUCGCGAAUAUAUCCCGUUCAUUCCACAUUCGACCAAUCGUCCCCAAGGGCCAAUAGACCCUCCACUCUUAAUGGAAGACGCUCCGCCUGGUUGGUGGGACCAAAGUGCGCAGGGCUUAUUCACAGCUGUAUCGAAUAUCAUCCAGAUUAUGCAAGAGCUUGACCAGCGUGGCGUCCAAUUCCAAACGCCAUUUACCAGCUUCUGUGUCUUUAGCGCAGCGACAACCCUCGCAUAUGCAAACACAUGGCCGCACAUGGCGCCCGGCCUCGAUGCUCAACAUGCCUCAGAUCUUUUCUCGUGGGCAUCCGCGUGGUUAAACCGGGCGUGCAAAAUCUGGAAAGUCUCGAAUGGCUGGUAUAGAACCAUGUUCACUCUCCGCAAGCUGUAUACACAGUCCAAGGUGAAUCCGGCUGAACUUGUCGAUGUGGGGGGCAAUAUGUUACCUCGUCUGGCAGAUAACAUCCAGCGACUGGCAGGGUCUGAGACUCUGGAAGUAGGUGAUAUUCCGACUGCGAAUAUCCUCUUACUGCUUCAGAGACAGCAGGAGCAAAAGGAGAACAGACCAACUUCACCUGUCGAAGCCGAAGAGAACGAUCCCCUCGGGGAAAUGAUGCUUCUACCCUCGGACUUUAUGCCCGACCAGGACUUGUUUGCUAGUAUUCUUUCAGAUCCAUCUGGGGAUCGCAUUCGUCCUUUUUUCGACGCUACACUGUUUGCUCCACAGUGAUGCUGGCCAAAUGGAAUGUUCCUUUUGAAUCUCCAUGGCGUGUCUGUGAUGCCAAGUUGGUAGCUUCGCGCCUAAGCCGCACCGCCGAUGUCGAC